UGCUUGGCAACGGAUAUUAAUAAAUAAGAUUAUUAUUUAUCCGUGAGUUGUGACUGCAUUUAUGAUUGCAAUUGCUACCAAGUUAUUGUGGUUCUACAAAGAUAUAGUUUGUUCAUUUUGACAUGGUUGUCAAUACAACAAAACAGCAACAUACAAAUUAUCUAUUUUAAAAUACUACAGCUAAAAACACAGAAACAUGGGUCUUUAUAGAUUAUUUAGCUAUAACGUGGAAGUUCAAUAUAAAAGUUACUUUUUUUCCAAAGCCAUGCUCUUUGCUCUUACAACAUCUGCAUUGAAUAUUAUUUUACCCUUAAUAUUUGCCUAUAGAAGCAGAGGUUUCUGGUUGAAGAGUCAUCAUUUUUAUGAGCAACCCAUGGUUAAAUCAACCUAUGAUUAUGUGUUUAUUGCAGAAACAGAGGAUCCCAGUAUAUCAAUUGUGUGUGGUAAUGGUAACAUAAUGCACUUUGAUGAACUCUGUUCAGAAGUUCAGAUACAGGAAUUUGAUAACAAUAAGGAUACAAUAAAUGAUAUAAUAAGCUUUAAGUUGAAACUAAAUGUACCUGAGAACCAUACCAUAAUGUCUGUUGUUUUAAUAUUAGCUCUUGAUUUUUAUUUAUUGACUGUGUGUCCCUUACAAAUGCAAGCAUUAAGUGUUAUUAAUAAAGAGUUUAGCAUACCAGCAUCAGGACUUAAAUAUCAUGGAAAUCUAGAAUUUUAUCAAACAUCACACCUUCCAUGUUUAAGGCAUCACAUAGACACAACCUACAAUACAUCGCUUCUUAAUAGCAUGAACAAAAAUCAAGAUAUUACAAUUGAUUACAUUCUGGAAAGUUAUUUCACAAGAGAUGUGCUAUCACAAAUGAACCCUAUGUUUGUGAGAAGUAAGCAUGGUCAUACUGGAAUAUUGGACUUUGAAUUGUUUUUAAAAAUACCAGAAGUAAAAGUGCUCUAUAUUCCUAGCUUAUUGCAAGAACUAAAGUGGGCAUGGCCUCAAUAUCUCUCAUUGGUAAUUGUUUUCUAUUGGAUAAUUCAUAAAAUCAAAAGUUUUGUCUUCAGGAAUCGCCUAUUAAUGGCUUGGGAAAUAAUUCCUUGGAAGACAAUUGAUAAUAAAUAAUUAUAAUAUAAUUAAAUUCACUGCCAAAGAUAAACAAAUAAUGUUAUUAAAAAAAGACUUUUAAAAAAUUAUUUACAUUUUAU